AUGCAUCAAUAUUGGUCACGUGACCAAUGAUGGACGAGAGAUCUUGUGGCAGAACAAUAAUGUGAUACCAUUUACGGGCUCCGUGCUUUCCUUGCCAUGUGUUUUUGGCGUCGUGCAAUAACUGUGGCGGUCAUUGAAGUCAUUUAAGUAACCAUGAAGAAGAAAUGUGGUGAUUUUCACUGGUGAUCAAAAAAGAUCCAUUUCUUUGACAAGCUUAUUGUUCCAAGAUGGCGUCUCGAAACGUCAACCCGAUUUCUGGGCUUGAUCCUUCAGACAAACUUCAGUCUAAUACGUUAAAGAGACAACCCAAUCCUGACUGGAGUAAAAAUGAUUUGUUGCGGCUAUUGAGCUACUUCGAAGGGGAACUUCAAGCUCGAGAUGUUACCAUUGCAGCUCUAAGGGCUGAGAAGGCUAAAAACCUUCUGUUUCAAGCCAAGUAUGGUCGUUUUGGACUGGGUGAUCCCUUCAUUGCUCUGCAGCGGGACUCGGAGAACAUGAAGGACAACAGUUUUGAUGAACCAGCAAUCAAAUCAAUGUAUGACAAUCAACUAGCUCAACUAGAAAACCUCAUUGCUACACAACGCAAAGCUCAGCUGAAGAUGAGGGAACAGCUUGCAUCAGCCGAGAAACGCUAUCACAAGGUUGUGGCUGAGCUUGAAGAUGAGAAACGUAAGCAUGCUCAAGACACAGCUCAAGGAGACGAUGUCACUUACAUGUUGGAGAAGGAGAGGGAACGCUUGAAACAGGAGGUUGAUUUUGAGAAAGGACAGACAAAACGCAUGGAGAAAGAUCUGAAGAAGACGUUGGCAAGCCUUGAAGAGGAGAGAGCUAACUCUGCCAAGCACAAACAGGUGGCGCUGAUGUUGAUAAAGGAACGUAAGCGCCUGAUGGAGCGUGUGUUCAGUGAAAGGAGCAAGACGAGCCAGUUUGAACAGAUUCUUGGGGAGGAGAAAGACAGGGUGAUGAAUAUGGCUGAGGGACUUGUGCAGGAGAGCAAGAAGAGUCUGAAGAUGGAGGCUGCCAUGGAGAAACAGCUCAGUGAGUUUGAUGUGGAGAGGGAACAACUUCGCAGCAAGCUUGGGAGAGAGGAGAACCGUAAUAAGGAGCUGCAGGCCACAAUAGACUCUCUCAGCCAGCAGAUUGAUAGCUCUCAGAAACAGAUGCAUGUGAUGAUGGAACGUUCCGCAGCCAGAGACACUGUACAGAGCAUCGAGAUCAAGUCCAGUGUGACGCCACCUAGUAGGGGAAGUAACUCUGGCACUGCCAGCCCCAUUUUUGUGGCAUCUCCGGGUCCGAAACCAGUUCCCAAAACUGCCAAACCGGGGAGCAUAGACAGUCGCAGUAAUACCAGUUCGCCUGAGAGAGACUUUAUAGCUAGGCCUGAUUCUGGUCCACGGAAACCUGUGGCCUAUGGGAGCCCGAAUGUGUCAUCUACCUCUUUGGAGAGAAUAGACUCUCGAGGCGAGCAGCGUUUAGCGCCAGUUGGUGCAUCUGCAGCAGAAAGGGCAGCUGAUGGCAGCCCAGUGCAUCGUGUGAAUAUACCUCCAGGUUCUAGUGCUACAGUAGUGACUCCGUCUGGCGGCAAAAUCUCACUCCAUGUUGGAGGCGGAGGGUCGCCCAGGAAGGUAAUGCCUACUGGCAGAGGUGCUCCUCCCCCCAUCCCACCAAAUAAACCAAUUCUGAACCCGGGCACCCCAGGACCAAAACCUGCUCCCCCUCCCAAAGUGGGCUUAUCUAUGUCCAAGGACCGUGUUAGUGUUUCAGGGGCCGAAGUGGGAAGUGGGGAACAUUCUAGUCGGAUUACAGCAUCGCAGAAAGCGGUGCAAAUUCCAGUGAAUGUAGUUGGUGGACAGAACGUGGCCCCUGGGUCUCGUACGACGUCCAGGGACAGCUCUCCCAUGAGGAAAACUACCCAGUUAAUGCCCGGUCAGGCUUUCCAAUCAGCCGGAAUUGUCUCCCCUCCCACACCCGCGUUGGAUUUUCUGGGGCCUGAAAUGGCUGACUUGCAGCAAUUGCUUGCCACAAUGACCAAAGGUGAAGCAAGUCCGAGUGAUUCAUUUAGUCUAACGUUGCCAGUAUCUGCCCCCUCCCCAUCCUCCACCUGUACUGUCGACAUCGUUAAAAACUCUCCUGUACACAAACAUGCUGCAUGUGGUGACCUUGACCUUCUCAAAACGCUUAUAGUAGAACGAGAUGCUGAUGUGAAUUUACCGAUGAAGGACGGAACUACCCCUAUUCACUGCACUGCCGAAGGGGGACAUGAACACUGUUUACAGUUUCUGUUGGACAAGGGAGGUAACCCAAACGCUCUCCGGGACGACCUCCUGAGUCCUGUACACCUAGCUGCUGCAAACGGUCAUACAAGCUGCCUAAAACUUCUUCUGAACAAAGCUGCAGUGGUGAACAUUGGCAAUCAGACCAAUGAGACACCACUUCACCUCGCUGCCACCAGGGGGCAUGAUGAAUGUUGCCGUCUGCUGCUGGAACAUGGAGCCCGGCCAUUGGUCACAAACAUGUCCGGACUGACCCCACUACACACUGCUGUGAUAGGCAGCCAUAUAGGCUGUCUCAGGCUCAUCCUGCAACACAGUAUUAAACGUCAGGGCAUCAUGGCCGACUCGGAGGACCAGACAGAAUCUCUCCAGCAUGUGGUCAGCGUGGCCGACAAGGGUGGCUGGACGCUGGCUCACAUGGCGGCCUGCCUGGAGAAAGAGGACUGUCUGCAACUGCUGAUGGAACAUACUAACCUGGAUCUGGAGAAGAAGGACCGGCUCGGGAGGUCGGCCUUCAGUGUAGCCUCCAAGCUGUGCAAAGAUUAUCUCAACCAAACAGGUUCCAACAACAACCACAUAAUCUCAGUAAUUGUUGAGCUCCAUGUCCCCAAGAUGGCUCCAUCAGAGAGUGAUCCUGACAGCCAUCAUCACUACAUGAUCGGGACAGUGGAGGUGACGCCAUUCCUCAACUGGUGCACGCUGGAGGAGAAGUGUUGUAGUCUGCUGGAGUCUUACUAUACCACGCUCGACACGGGGCUGCGCACUCGCAAGAUUAACCGUCUGGAGCCCGAGUCCCCCACAGACAACUCGGGCUACACGCUGGGACUCAGCACAUCCAGUAUUAAACAUUUCAAAAUCAGUUACUAUGAGUGGAGUCCGGGCAGCCCCUGUGACAAGCUGCCGUUUGAGAUUGUGUGCAACAACACUUCCAACACUCUCAGUAUUACACUCAGCAGUAGUGAGGACACCUCUGUAUCAGUGGCGUUUGACACCCUGUACCCUCUCAGCACCAUCAGGAACUAUCUCCGACUGCUGGAACAAUACAAGAGUGUGGUGUUCUAUGGCCCAGCAGGCAGUGGCAAAUCCUACCUCACAGAGAGACUGGCGCAGUGCAUAGCGACAAGUGAACGUGCUGCUGGACGGGAACCACAGAUCCUCUCGCUGUCUCUCCAAUCUGGAUUCUCAAACUUUGACUUCAUCUCAUUUCUCAAACAGUCAGGUUGUAUUGUACCGAUAGAGCAUUCCACUGAGGGGAAGUCCCCCAUCUUGCUGCUGGAGAACAUGGAGAAAGUCAACAUAGCUCAACUGUUCGGGAAACUCCUUGAUCCUAUAGAGUACCGAGGGAAGACAUAUGCAUUUAGGCUUAAAGCUGGCUCUGUCAGUGACAUUGACGAUGACAGUGACAGCUACUACUUGCCAGACAACUUCUACCUCCUUGCCACCAUGAACAGAACGAGAUCAACUGGCCUUGACCUAUGUAUUCAGCAACGAUUCCGCUGGAUUCACUUUCGCCUUGACUCCGAGCCAUUCCGCAACCAUCUUGCCCGCUACAUUCACCGCCGCCUUCUCCAUCUGUACGGGGGGCGGUUGCCGUCGCCCGACAAGCCCGUCUUCCGCUGUGCUGAGUGGGUGAUCUGCCUGUGGCAGAGACUCAACGACAGCCUCACGAAACUGGGACUUCCGGAUCUUGCCUUUGGUCCCUGUCUGUUCUUCCAGUGUCCAUUGGAGCAGCUGAGCCAGGAGGCUGUAUUGCAGUGGGUCAAGGGCAUGUGGAAUGAGUUGAUCGCGCCCCAGGUCCGCGAUGCCGUCAAGCGAGGUACAGGCAGUGAGACAGCCUCCGAUGGUCAGCAGAAAGUAGCCAACACAGCUCUCUACGUCCUUGUCCAGAGGUCAAUCGUCCUUGGAUGCCCCCUGACAGGAAAAGACAAAGAGGAUUACAUGAGUGGUUUCAGUGGCAGCAAUGAACUGGACAUCCCUCUCAAGAUUGAGAAAAGACGUUCCUUUGGGAGUCCGAUGAAUGGCAAAGAUCAGAAGCAAGGGGCAGACAACUCUACCAAUGACAAGGCAUCUCGGGUAGAGAUCAUCACAAGCUCGGGGGUCCGGCUCCGGAACAAAAACAGAAAUGUUGAGGAAUCGUUUGAGACUGGCCUGAGCAACAGCAAGCGCCGAAGUCUGUCAGAAUCAUGUGUUGACCAAGCCUCACGUCUAGCAGAGGAGAGCCUCGAAGCCGACCCACUUGCCUCGCAACCCAAGAUGCCCAAACUGGAGAUCCGAUCUCCCACACUGAUGGCAUUAUCACAGUCCAGUCCCUCGUCCAGUUUUGACCACUCAGCAAACCAUAGCUCAGGCAGAGUUAGCCCCCUUUUCUCCGGGCAAAGGCAGUUCAGUUCCCCAAUGGCAGCCAAAAAAUCAAGAUCAUCCGAAAACAUUUCCUCCAGCACUAUUUAUAGCUACGCAGCAAAACGACGAUCAGCAAGUCCGUUCUCCUUCUCCCUGACAACUCCCACAUCAAGUUUGAAUUCCUUCAAAUUCCUGGAAGUGACAAGUCCCCGGUCACCAUCAAGUCCAUCUUUAAACUUGUCUCCAGAACCAGUUGUGUUUACAGCAAGUCCAAGAGAAAAGAGUCCUAGCAUCAAAAGUCCAAGUAAAACCAGAGACGGUACCGAAAAGCAUCCAGGGAAUGGUCAUGCACAUCCGAAACAGAACAAGAAACGUUCAAGUUGACAAACUUAUUACUAUUAAAGCUUGACCAACAUGGAGAAAAAUCAUCACAAAAUGAACCCUGACAAUGAAUGAUAAUGGCAGUACAAGAAUGGAGUGAUUUGAAGAAUGUUUUUGAAAUUAUGAAUGCGGAACUGGGUAUGUGUUGUAACUUUUCCAACAGGUCAAGGAUGUCUGCUAGGCUGUAUUAGCGGUUUUUAACUUUUUCUAAUAUGGAGAAAAUAAAGGUUUAAGAAAUACCUAACUGUUUAAAUGAAGAGAGAAGGGAGUUAGUGUUUAUUUUGUGACAUGAGGCAUAUUUGUUAACUGCACAUUGAAGGAAAUCGUGUUAACUGUUUCGCAUGAAAUAUAUGCUAAAUAUGAUUAAACGCAUUUAAUUAUCAACGUGGUAAAAAUAAUGAAUCUGUAUGUUAGAGUGCUAUAUUUGUUGCAAAUCAUUAAAAAUGUGCCCUUUUACAAAUUGCACUAAAUUCUUAUAAUGCAGCGACAUGUCAUGAAACGAGAUUUAAUUCUCUGCUUCAUUAUAGGUUCGUAACUUCAGAAGGGUGGUACAUUGUCUUACGUUACGUUGUUAGAAGACCCCCCCGCCCCCCAUACACAACAAUCAUUAGUCGCAGCAGCAGCAGCAGACAUCCUUUAGGGUAGUUUCUUUGCCAAGAUCCUGUCUCCACUUGUUCAUGGAAGACAAUUCUCAGGUUUCCGUGAAAUUUUUCUCGAGAUAAUGGGAAGUAAUGGUGUCGCCUACAGUGUGCCAAUAUUUGUAUGUACCGUCUUCAAACCAUGUGGGAAGUCGUUCCCAUUUUCCAGACACCAACAUGACUUGUUAUACUCAAGACAAUUUAUUUAUUUAUUUUCAAUGAUGCUGGCACACUUAGGCGCUUCUUGUUGAUGAGGACCUCACCAUUAACUGUGUUCAUCAAGUGCACAGAUUACAUCUACCAUUGGACAGUGAGGUGUUUGUUCUGAAAAUAAUAUAAUUGAAAUGAAAGUAGUCAUCUUGUAUCUAGAGAAUUUUUCAGCAGUACCACUUGGAAAGUUAACCAGGAAUGUCUCGUAUACCAUCUCCCUCAUCUGUCUUCACAUCACACAAAGUUGUUCCUCAAGAACGGAAUGAGUUUGAAUCAGUUGUAACAAUUUUACAUGAGCCUCUAGGGCUGUUCCUGUGUUGUAGAACCCCAUAUUGAAGGCAUGGCAGUGUGUGUAUGUUUGUUUGUUUACUGCAGAUCCAUUGUUUCUGACUGCCACUGUUUGAAUGGCCUUGGUUGUCGUCAUUUUCACUUUGAGAUUCAAGUCAAUAGUUCUCGCUGAAGUAAGAAAAACCUAAAUGGGGGCACUAGUCCAAGACAGUCUCUGUGGUCUUCAGAAUUACCCAAUGAACUUUCCAGAAUAUGGAAUAGUAUAUCGCCCAACAUAUCAGAUUGGGUAUGUUGUCUCUUUGAGCGUACGUGGAAAUAUCUAAUUUACAGUGUCCACAAUUAAGAUGUUUUUGAUGCACUGAAAAUGAUGACUCUCCCCCCUAAUGCUUGUUUUUGGUGACCGUCCUGAUUUCCUCUGACCCACCCCCUCACUUGUGCCCAGACAGGGGGAUAGGGAGAAAGCACCUCUAGCAGGUCUCCAGCGGUUACGUAUUGCUCGUUAUGAUCUCCAAGUGAAAAUGAACUGAUUGUUGUGAAUUUAGUGUAUGUUAGUGCUAUUAUUUUAACUGUCCGAUUCCUGUGUGUCUUACUAUUGUAGAACAUGGGGCCCCACUGUGGUUUAGCUUUUUACACUUGUUUUGUUCCUUUAGUGCUUGACUGUCUGAAUCGUGUGCUAUGUGACGUGCAGGUAUCGUUUUGGGCGACAUUUGUUAUUUAGGGUUUGUUUGGUUAGAGGGACCUAAAUCUGAUUCUUAAAAUUGGAUAAUUUUUCUGAGAUUCAAAUGCUUUGGUGAAGCAAGGAAUGGUUUGAUUUUUAUACCUCUAUGACCUAAACAAAGGAUCUUCUGAAGACAUUUUUAUGUGCAAACACUAGGACUACUGAAUAGAUUCUUUUCAAAUUUAAGGAGCAGCUUCUAUACUAAUAGGAGAGGUGCAGUUUUGUUUUUUUAACUUAAAAUCUUUUUCGACUAUUUAUUUUGUAAUAAGAGAUGAAGAGAAAUCUAAAAAAAAGAAAUGCUGCCCUUUUCUUUAAAUCUGUUUUAUUUUAUAAUGUUCAAUCUAAAAUAUUCCAAGUAAAUGGGAAGACAUGUUUAUAUAUGAUGGUUUGGUUGGGAAUCUCUUAUUUUAAGUGAAUUAUUGUUUAAAGAAUGAAUAACUGACAAUAUGCCUUACUAAUAUCUUCCAAGUGUUCAGAUGAUCUUAAUUCCAGAACUCAGGAACUACAUGCUAAUAGUUGCAGGUGCAAUGUUUUUUCAAUUUUACUUGACAUUCUAAAUGUCAUUUUUACCAAAAAUAAUAUACUAAUUCUUGAUUUAUUUUUAUACCUCAUAGCUUACACUUUUAAUGAAAUUAUCAACUUGUUUUUAGAUGCCAUUUCUGAAGUUUUCUAUUUGAUAUAAGGAAAGGUAUUGAAACCUCUAGUUGUGAAUGGAUAGCUGACACCGAAAAAAGUGUUUCACUUCUUUACUCAUGAUAUCCAAAUCUGACAAAUGAUUCAUAAUAACUGCAUAUAAAAAUAACUUUUGUUUUCGUAAUGUCUUUAGUUUGAUUUACCAUGAUCUCAUGAUUCUCACCAUAAAAGGCAAUCUAUCGGAGCCAGUAUGAUCGAAUGUUGGACCGAGAUAAAUUAAUUUCUCAUUUGAUAUGCCUUGUUCAAGGCGUCGUCAACCUCAAAUGGCCGGUUUGAAUACAUUGUCCAUAUUGAGUUGUUCAGACAUUGGUUUGUUGACAUUCCUAUGAUGUAGAUCUAUCCAUUUUGUUUGAUUAUUCAAAUUAAUUUUGAAUUUGCACAUAUUUCAUUUCUCUUUAACAUACUCAAAUGUUUAUACCUGAAAUGACUUUAAAUGAAAUGUGUCUGGAGCGACCAUGGCAGGUUUCUAAUGGCAGUUACUAACAAAGUCAAUGAAUGUGUCUAAGAUUUUUACUGAAGGCACUGUUAUUCAAAACAAUGUGAUGUUUGUUUUGUUAGCUUUGUGUGUACUUUAAGCUGGCAUACCCUGAUAUACUGUUCAAAGUAUCAGUAACAAAACUCACUAUGACAUACUUUAUCAUACCUCCAUGUCAGAAUGAUGAGAUCUGAUUGCUUCACGUGAUCUUGAUAAUAUGUAUCCACCUUGGACAGGUUGCACUUGGAUUCCUGAGUGGCUGUAUAAAUCCCAUGUUUCAGGAAGCAAUAAUCUUGUCAUGACUGUCUGAAUACACACAAAACCCAUUUCUAAAAUCAGGAAAACUCUUUCCAAGUCGACUAAGUUUUUACAACAGCUGUAAGGUCAGCCUAGUGAUUUCGUGUAUGAAUCUUGAUAUUCGGAGUUAACCAGGGCUUCCAGGUGAUGGUCGAAGUGCACAUAUGGGGGACAUUUGACUUCUCAGUGACACAAAUGGUUUUUCCUUUGUGAUGAGUGCCAUCUUUUCACCCUGUCAUGAUAUAGUCGGAAUCACACCAGAGUCUUGUGAUCAUGGAAAGGGUUUUGUCUAUUUUAUGUUUGAAAGAACAGAAUGCCAUGUCUGCAGAUUCCACUUACUUACACUGGAAAUGACAUGGUAUGUUUCAGAUUGUGAAAUGAACAUUUUUAACCUAUUGACAAGAUUUCUAUGCCCUUGUACUUUAAUAUUGUUUGACAAGACAAUUAUUACAAUAUUUAUUCCUUAUUUUUAAGGUUUGUUUGAUGUUCCCUCAGUGUAAGACAGUUGAUGAUCAUAUGAAGUGAAAUGCCUGCUGCAGAGGCAACUAGUGAGUUGGUUAAAUGCCGCUGUGAACAGUAUUCCAGUUAUAUCACGGUAUGUGAGAGGUGAUGCAGACGUUUACCACUUCAGUGAAACCCAUGGGCAUGGUCCUGACAAACCUUGAAACAUAAUCAACUCUGCACAGCGAAUCUAGACUGGGCCACCCGUGCCCCCAGAGGCAACUGUAACAUUGCACUUGAUCUAUGUAUUUUAAAGAACAGCCACAUUAUUCUCUCAGCUCUAUCCUGCAGACAUGUGUCCUGAUUAUUGUAUUUUUAUAAUUCAGCUUGUUUAAGUCCAUCCAACACCACCAGCUGUUCAUGGCCUUUUGGAAUCCCUGUUUCAUGAACAAUCUUACCCUGCUUGGAACUUCCUCAGCUGAUGUUAUAUAGUUCACAAAGGGGUGUUGUGGAAAUGCACGUUUUAUUCAUUAUCUUACCUCCUCAUUUAAGAUUCUAUUUAUUAUAUACUAUUCCUGGAUGUUAAUCUAUGCAUGAAUCCCAUAGUGUGUGUUUGUGAUCUGUAAAUAUGUACAUAAUUCAGACAUCUCCUCCAGCACAGGAAGCACGGAGAGGUCCACAGCAACAUUUAUGCCAUCUUCCCGAGGCAAGGGAGUUAACUGACUAUAAAAGUCCAGUUUCCACCCUUGCCGAACUAGGUGGUCCCACCUAUUGACCUAUCAUUACCGGGACUCAACAAAAUGUGGCACCCAGUCAAGAUCGAUGAUCAAUAUUGUAAAGAAACAGGUCUUACCUCGCAAAGUGCAUCAAGUCAUGUUAGCACCUUGACUGCAUCAUUUGCAAAGGAUAGUUUUCGACUGAAAUCUGCACGUUGAAAUCCAUGUUUACGAUGUCGGCAAGGUUUUAUAAAGUAAAUAUUUUUUUAUUGGACCUAGAAAACAAGAUGUUGCUCUGGGCAAUCUCAUCCGCUUCUAAUGCUGAGUGUCAAUGUUGUGUUCGAAGCACCAGAGACAAUAGUGCAUCUCCCACCUAGGUAGCUGUGAUAUGAAGUGUAUGUAAAUAUAUAUAUAUAUACAGAAUGGUUAGGAAUUUGUUUCUAUAAAAAGAAUUGGUUGUAUUCGAUUACAAAGUUGGAAAGGUAAUGUAAAUCUGUUGUAUGAAAGAAACCCAAGGUUUGUGAUUGGAGCACAACUUUCAUCUAACUGUUAAUGGCCAGAAAUGUAUGUUUCAACAUGACACGAGAUUGUGAAUGAUGGUUGUAUACUGAAUGACAAGUGUUUGUUGACACUGGUGCUGACAAAUAUGUGAUUGGAUUUACAUUUGUGAUCAUGUCAUUUUCACCCAUGGAUUAAAAAUAUUGUAACGAGUAA